CACUAUCGUAAAUUAUUUAGUUCCCUGUUACACAGUUUGUAAUCAUCGGAAACUAUGUAUAUUAGUUUGACGAUGGUAUCCAUCGCGAAAUUCACGGGUAAUUCGAAUGCAUUCGAAUUAAUAACGAAUUCGCUUGUAACCGAUAUGGAAUUUCGCUCGAUUAUAACUGGAGAAUUUCGCGCGAGGGGUUAAAUAUCGACGCCCGUUUUGAAUGGGCAAUUCGACCAGCGCGAAUUAAUCCCACGCGAAAUAUCCGUCGCGCGUUUGCCACUCGGUUGCUUCUCAACUUGCACAACUCGAACGAUGAAAAAGAGAAGAUUGCACAAUUUUUCCUUUCCUUCCCGACACUUUGUCUCAAAAAGUUGAAAAAUAUGCGGCGUGCAGAUACGCGUAGAAAGAAUUUUAAAGGUAUUAUCAUCGGGCAAAACCUUAUUCUAAUUAAUCAUCGGACCGUGGAUAAUCUUUUUCCAAUAGGUUGCCGGGGCGAGAACAAGAAAGAGACGGGAGAGGAGUAGGGUGGAAUCGAGAAAACCUAAGUUUCACGAGUGAUAAAGCAAUGUAAUUUACAUAAUGGCGAAAAAAAAGUUUAUAACGUAAUAAACGUAACGUUGAUACAACCUUCUAUGAUAAAUCCGUUAAUAAUUCACGAGGCAAUCCGUCAAAAAUAUUUCAUAUUAUCCGUUAGCAACGCGCAUCGGUGAUAUUAUCAUCGAAUCAAAGAGAUAUAUUUCUGGAGAGUGGAUGGAAGGGCGAGAGAGAGAGAGAGAGAGAGAGAGGGAGGAAUUGGUUGGGCGAAGAAAGAGAAGAGUAUUUGACUUUCCAUCGAAUCGAUAGAUUACAAUUCAACCAGGAAUGAAUGUAUCAUGCGAGCGAGCGGUACGCGGAAAUGCAAUAAAUUCAACAAUAAACUGUAUUGCCACACUGGGAUGCGGCUAUUCAGGCGACAUAUUGACACUCGUUCGCUCUAUCGUCGAAAACGGGCAAUUUAUCGCUCAUUAAUCUUGACGGUCUAAUUUACAGUUACAGAUCGUAUACACGGAUAGGGACGGUUUCUUUAAUGGAAUCGAGUGGAAGCCAACAUGGGAAUAAUUGUAGCCCUAUAACUCUCGAAUUAUCGCUAGAUUUUCACCCUGAUUAAAACUGCUAAAGGGUCGUCGAACGCAGCGUUUCGCAGUUGUAUAUAUACGAUAGUAUUCGAUAAUUUCCAGCCGGAAUUAAAAUCCCCUAAUUUCGCGGAUCUGGGAUCUACCUCGUCGUCGUGAGAGAUUUCGAAAUCCUAAACUUCUCAGUCCAUCGACGAGUUUCCAAUCGAUUUUUAUUAACGUUUUACGUCACGAAGCGCAACACCGCCGACACCGAUCAACGGCGAAAACUAGAGCCAUUGCGACGACUUUGAGACGAAGAAACGUUCGGUCCACCGAGCACCACCGCCUCUCACCACCUCUUCUCUCGAAAUCGGUGACAAGCAAUGGGCGGACAAAUUAAUGCUUUAACGAGCUCUUUCUUUCCUUUCGGUGGAACGCUCUUAUAAAAUAGGAUUCUCGCGAUCAGGCGCAACAGUCCAUCGGCGAUCCUUCGUGGGAGAAGAAAUGGAGUCGAAGGCGAAGAGCCUGCUUGUUUCCGUUGCGGUCUUGCUGCUAACCCUCGUUGUCGCGCAAUCAACGAGCUAUCACGAUUUAGACAACGAAGAUGCUGGCAGCGAGCACGGGGGAGGUGGUGGUCAUGGACACGCUCAUUCCUUCCAUCACUUCUCUGGGCCAGUAGUGGGCCAUCACGAAGAGAUCACGUGGAAGGACAAACACGGGCAUCUCCAUCACGACUACAGGGCCCAUCCCAAAUACAAGUUCGCGUACGGCGUGGAGGACAAACACACGAAGGAUUACCACGGGCAGAAGGAGCAUCGCGAUGGGAAAGAAGUCGAGGGGGAGUAUCAUGUUCACGAGCCUGGGGGCAACGUGAGAAGCGUUAAAUACCAUUCGGAUCCUCAUGGAGGUUUCUUCGCGGAAGUUCACAAUUAUGGAGGAAAUGAUCAUUCAGGUGGCACUUAUGGUGGACAUAAACACAGAUAAAUGACAACGUUUAUUUGCUUCGAAAUUAUUGUUAUUCAAUUAUUUAUAUAUAGUUGUUGAACUCGUAUGUUUUAUUUUCAUUACGUUCAAGUUAUUGUUUUUAUUGUUGUUGUUUU